AGCUUUCCUCUCUUUUCUCCUUCACAGUUGGGACCUGAAAACAUUGUUGCAUAUUCGUGACGGCACAAAAAAAAGCCUGCAACCUGCUGCCCCAGCCUUCAAGGACGGCGCUAACCUGGUGCGGCCAUGCAUCUAGAAGUUAAGGUUGCCCUCAACUUCAUCGUGUCCUACCUGUACAACAAGCUGCCUCGGCGUCGAGCCGACCUGUUCGGCGAGGAGCUGGAGAGGAUACUGGUAUCUCGUUUUGAGGGUCACUGGUACCCGGAAGCCCCCCUCAGAGGUUCUGCCUUCCGCUGUAUUCACCUGGGAGCACCAAGGGACCCCGUGGUGGAGUUGGCCGCCAAGAGAAGUGGACUGGACACGGAGGAAGUGCGUGCAAAUGUUCCUGCAGAGCUCAGUGUGUGGAUUGACCCUUACGAGGUGUCCUACCAGAUUGGAGAGAAGGGGGCAGUGAAGGUUCUCUACCUGGAGGACCCUCCAGGCCUCGGGUGUGACAGCGAGAGAGUCGAGGGGGUGACCAGAGAGGGUAAAGGAGAUGCAGAGGCGGAGGAGGCCAAGAGUCUGGGCUUCAACCCAGAUGCUCAGGUGUUUGUACCAAUUGGAAGCCAGGCAUCUCCUGCCCUCAUGCCGUCGCUCUCUAGCUCUCCCACACCACUGUCUGGCCAGUCCUGCCCCGGGCUCUUCAGCUACCCCAGCUCCAGCACACCUACUGACCCUGCUGCCCACUCCUCUAACACCUCCACCCCUUCCCCUCCCAGCGGCGGGCUUCCUUACCUCUCCACUCAGCAGCAGCCCUCGACUCUUCCCGCUGCCCGUCCUCAGCCCAUCACCUUCACCACCGCAAGCUUCGCCGCCACUAAAUUCGGCUCGACCAAGAUGAAGAAGUGCAGCGGGGCCGGGUCGGCGGCUAGCUCUACCGUCGUCAUACCCCCUGCCCAGAGGAUGCUCUCCCGCUCUCCCACCACCAUCUCGGCGCCAGAGCUGCUGAAGCACAAGCCCCUGUCCCUCUCCUUGCACUCCCUCGGUGGUCCCAUCGCCAGCCAGCUCUCUCCCAACGCCAAAGAGUUUGUCUACCCAGGAUCCCCGGGCCCUCUUUACUUCGACGCCGACACCCAGCCCAUGCAGCCUCAUGCCAGCCCAUUCCAAACCCCCCACACUGUUAACACCCAUCCGUCUUUUGACCCCUUCUCCAGCCCUCCUCCUGCCCAGAGCGUGGGCAUCAUUGGCAGCAACGGAGGAAUCCCCUACAUGGAGAAGCCGCCGUUUGUCGAGGGUUUAGGAAGCUACAACCUGCAAUAUCCUAGCCAGUCCUUCCAGCCUGUCGUGCUGGCCAACUAAGCCUUCAUUUGUAAUGAUAAGAAUUGUUGUAGGAGGAGGUGGGUGUAGGACAAUGAUUCUCCAGAUAUUUUCAGUUUUUCUAACAAAUUGUUCUAAUACUAAUACAAGUUAAGAAUUAGUUUUACUACAAAGAUUUAAAAUACCACGUCCACUGAAUAGUUCAUGUGAUCUGUUUUGUUCCAGUAUAACCCCCAACUCCACCCUGCCCCUUUUGUUCAUUGCUGUUACUCCUCAUGUUCUGCGUGUUGGCUUUGAAGACAGGAGUUGGUGGGUGGGGUGGGGUGGGGUGGGGGUUGAGUUUCUUUCUACCUUGAGUCGUUGCCAAUCUCUUUGUUUAUUAUUUUGCAUUGAAUGUUGAUGCGAGGGACUUUUCUUCUUUUCUUGUAGUUUAAUGGACCCGGCUCUAGUAUAGCUCCAUUUUGCACUGCACUGUCAUGCUGUGAAAAAGGACCUCGCCAAGUCCUGCAGGGAACGACGGCUGUGGAAAGCUCAGCACUUUGCUCUGCAAUCUGCUCUGCCCUACUUGCCACAAAUACAGAGAGGGGGGCUCUGCUGUCUCUGCGUGUGUGUAGUCCUGUUCUGUUUUGUUGUGGCUCGGCGUGAUCGAGAGACUUGUUGUUUGUACGAUGGGCCCGUUACCCUUGAAACGCACUCGUGCACAAGCACAAUUUGACUCUGUUGUCACCGGGGUGCAUAUUGGAUGCAGUUUAUCGUCAGCUGGAACGUGUACAUGACGUGGGUUUAAAUUAAAUGAGAGCAGCAGAGGGAGCAGAAGAGGGGCAUCGGGGUGUUACAGGAGCGAUGUAGUAGAAUGUAUUGUACCUGUCGGGGGAAACUGCAGCUGGGAAGGUCAGGGAAACCUUGGGGAAUGUGAAAAGCAAAAAGAUCUUUCCAUUUUAAGACCAUAAACAUGUGCUGAUACCUCAAUUAUACACACAGGGAUGCAAGUUAUGGCUUCAUACAUGUAUUCAAAUGGACAGACAAUGCACACACAUACACAGAAAUAUGUGCACAUAAACACAAUUCCAGUCAGGUGUGUGUGUGUGUGUGUGUGUGUGUGAGAAGGUGAACAGGCGGAGAAGGAGGUGAGGGGGAGGGGAUGCAGCAGUUAAGCAGUAGGGAUUGUGAUAAAUGGCUUAGCAUGACUUUGACUAUGAAGGAGAGGUUUUCCUCUGCAUGGAGAGGAGAGAGGGAGGUGGGAGAGAAGGGGAGACAGAAGGAAAUGAGAGAGGGAGAGAAGCAGCUAGAGGGUUCUGUUGCCUGUGUGGCGUCCGGGCUGUGUUGGCUUAGAGAACGACACUUUAAAACCCAGAGCACGUUUCUGGUGAGCUUAAAUGGUAUUGAAGCCAAACGCUCACACUAUUCUCUCCCUCCUCUUGAAAUUCUUCAGUGAUCUCUGCUCCUCUGGCUGUUAACAAAGGAAAACCAGAAUAUACACAGUUCAGCUUCUGCUCUGUCUUUUGUUUUUUUGUUUUUAUUCCCCAGUCGCAGUGAUGUGGACAAAGAUACAAAGAUGAAUGUUCUUUAUUGGUGUGCCGCUUUUGACUCUUUAUUUGAUGAUCUGUGGAAGUCUGCCGUUUCUAACUAAGGUUUGUUUACCAGCCGGGUCCAUGUGAUUGUUGGUUAGUCACUACAGGGAAGGGUAACCCCCAGAUGUCCAUUUGAGCUGUCCAGCACUUUAUUACUGGGCUCCUGAUGCUGUGUGUCGCCCACAGACAUGAGCGCUAAACCAUUCCUUUGCCCUCUUGUUUGGUAACUGCACAUUUUUAUUCAGCUGUCAUGAAAUGCUUUAGAGAUUUAAACAGGAGCUUAAUUUGUAUUCAGAUGCAUCAUGCUGGUGAGGAGAUGCUGUCUGUCUUGUCCGUUUUUAUUUGAAUGUUUUCUAGACCCGUAAAUGUUUUUGUACAAGAUGAAACAAGGACCCUUGACGCUGGUUUUGCAAUGUGACAGCUUGUCAUAUGCAUGCAAGUUUUAUUUCUUUAUUUCUUUUUUUUUUUCUUUUCAAGGGAAUGGGUGGGGAGGUACACAUCUCGGUAAAUAUUAUGAUUUAUGAGGGAAAAAUGCAUUUCUAAUUUUUGUUUUGUAAUUUAUUUCCAAUAUUUCUAUAUUUUUGUUUUUGCAAAUUAUCACUUACAUUUGUAUGAGUAAGACAUGACAAGUCCAGGAAUAUGUAUAUAAAAAAAAAAAAAAGUUCUUAUGUUCAGAUUCUUUGUUUAGUUUCUUACAUGCUGAGGUUAUUUUUUCAGAAAAUAACAUGAAUAUAUGCAAACUGAGACAAAAAUAAAGAUGUACAGAAUAAAGUAUUGAAUGUGUAUUGUACCUUGUACAGCAUUUGUCUAAUAAGACGGGUAAAUGUAUUCAUUCUUCAAGUUGGAUUUGGAGUUUAAGAUGUGAAUGUUUACAGUGGGUUUGUGUAGGAAAAGAUCGCUAUGUGCUCCCAGGGCAGUCUGACAACACUACUCCCAUAGGCAGUACAUUUAAACCAAAAAUCUCCACAUUUCAGAUUCAUUUUUGAGUGCAAUGAACCUCCUCCCUUUUUAUGUGAAUUCAUUGCAUAUUGUAUGGUCAGCAAGCCUAUUUCUCCCCUCUUUUUCUAAACAAUUGCACAUCACCACUACUCACUUAGCCUGCCUGUUUUUGUCUGUAGUAGCUACUACAGUACCCAAACCCAGAUAUCUUCAGAUUUAUAUGAACAAAAGUCUUUUACCCUUCCUCGUAUUAUAUUAACAGUCAACACUUAACUUUUUCUCACCAGAUUUCUUCAGCCUGGUCCUUUGGUCCUGAUACUAUAGCCAUAUCCCAGACUGUCUUUGCUUACACAGAUGCUCACCCUUCUCCAGUGCAAUGUAAUGCCAUAAUUUAAAUUACCCUGAAGGAUUUAAGGGGUUACUACCUCUCUGCACCCUGAAAAAAUAUAUAGCUCCUCAAUAGGAAGGCAGUGUUACAGCAGGUUUGGAAGGUUGAAGGAAAUGAAUGUGCUGUGAAUGUGUAUUUUGAUCUGUCGUUAGUCGACCCUGGUUGAGAUGGCCUGCAGAAAAUAAAUAGAGGCGGUCUUGGAAAGAUUUUUAGUCACAUGCAUGUCCAAAUGACCCCUUGUUUUUUGUUUUGUUUUUGUCUUUUUUCCCCCCACAUUUGUCAGAUUAUUCAGUGCAAACGAGGUGUGUUGUAAAUUUCCUCUGCAUACAAAUUUGGGCUCUUGAGGUGAGAGAUCUGAGAGGAUGUGAAUGAUUAUUGUAAAAGCUCACAUCUUUAAGAGUGACUGCUGGUUUGUGCUUUACACUUGAAAAGAACAGAUUAGACAGCGCACCAGAGAUCAACUCUAAAUGCAGGCUACUCUACAAUCAGGGUUGAACAUUAAUGAAGAGGAAAAACAAGAAUUUUGUAUUCUGAUGUCCUUUGCUUAUAUCGAUGUGUGCGUUUUAUUUUGCACUUUGGAAUAUUUCAUUGUCAUAAAAGAAGUUUAUUUUCUAUGUAAAAAAAAUUUAACAUUUAAGAGUAAAAUACAUAUAAUUAAAAGUUCAGAUGAUGUAUAAAUAUAGUGCUUUCUUUCCUGCCUGUAUUUUAUUAUUUUUCCUAUUUUGUAUCUGAUCCGUACACCCUGUAGAUGUGUAAUGAAUCUUUCACUACUGAAAUGCAAUGACCUGUUUUCUGUGCUGCCCCUCGAGAAUGGGGAGUUACUACUGCAGUUUCUUAUUGUAUCAGAUUCUUUUUUAAGUUUGUAAUAAAAAAAUCAGAUUGGCAAAAA